CCAUUCGUUCCCUUUCUUUGUCUGUCUACUGAGGGGAGAAACACCAGAGAGAACAGUGUGUGUGACAGAGGAAAGAGAGGGGGGAGAGGGGAGGACAAGAGAGGAAUGACAAGAUGGCAGAAUGGAAUAGAGAUACCUACUUUCUUUUUAGACAAUAACCCACUUUCAUGUCCUCACAUCUGUGUCCUACCUGACAGUGGUUUCUCCUCCCUCUCUCCUGUGUUUGUGGAUGUGUGUGUGCUGGCUAGCAGAGGGAGUGGACGCCUGUUCUGUUUAACAGGACUUCAGGCUGAAGCUGAAGUGGGCUGCUGCCUCUGUCCCUGAGUGAGUGGCGUCUUCACACCGAGAGCGCACAGACGGUGUCCCCUCCUCCCUCUCUCUCUCUCACAGCACUCAGCAGCAAGGUUGUGGUUGAGAGUUAUUGAAGGAAAGACAGAUUGGUGUUGUCGUGUAACCCUCUCAGUUCUAUAGUAGAGGGCUUCACAGACACAGACCAAGUGUGGCUGAAUGUAUCACCCAGCAGAGCAGUAUCAUGGACGUAACACCAGGGAGUCCUACCCUGCUGGAGGACCUCACAGAGGAACAUGGGCCCCCGUCAACAGUCGCCCCUGGGGCCCUCCAAACAGGUACAACGGAGGAAUCAACCAAUCCCAGCACGUUAACAAGAUUUAUGACAGAGGGGCCAGGCCAUCCUUCCAUGUCCAGGGAAGGGGCCCUCAGAGGGACCAGAGACCAGCAACACGACCCUGGGCCCAGAAAGACCAGGCUUAUGAGACCCAGGGCUGGCACCAGGACUCCCCACGGUCAUUUCAAAACCAUGGCAGCAACCAGGGGGGCUAUCAAACAGGACCGGGGGAACCCUACACCAUCUGGGACUUUUACAACAACCAGCCUCCCAGGUAUGGGGGUCCCCACCAGCACCAACGGCCCAGAGAUCCCCCCGGAGACCUGGGCUCCCCAGCAGAGAGGUGGGCCACCUCAGACCGCUCCAGGGCCUUCCCAGGCAGGAUGAUAGACCAGGGACCAGGACCAUGGAAGCGCCCGCCCCCCCACAAGCAUCACCGUGGCCAACCUCCACACCGCUCCCCACACUCACAGCACUCUCUGCCCCCCAAGGAAGACUGCCCUGCCAAGAGGAGCAGGAGCUCCGGCCCCGAGCAGCCCUCUCACCGUGGCUCAAAGCAUUUAUCUGGACCAGACCAGCCACACUCACCACCCCACUACCUCCCUCCAAAACAAGGUUUCUGGAACCAAUCAUAUGACAGACCUGGUUCUCGCACCCAUGCUGACAGAAGAACCUCGUCUACCGAGUUACAAGAAUCCAUCAAGUCAAGAUUAGGGCGUUUCAACUAUAGUAGACAUCAUUCUACCCAUAGUCCAGUUCACCAGGUCCCCUUCGAUAGUCAAGGCCCCCCUCCUUCCUCCUAUCCCCGCCAGCCUCCUCCAUCCCAGCCCUGUGGCGGCAGUAGACCCCCCCCACCAUGGAUCCUGUGUGGAGGUGGAUGGCCAGUCCCAGCCCCCCUCCUCACCAGCAGAACACACCGGCGUGCCUUACAGCCAGCACCACCAGCGCCCCCCCAUCACCCCCCUCAGUACCUCAGCACAGCCCCCCAGCUCCACGCUCCCACAGACAGCAAAGGGAUCACCCCCUCCCCGCCCUCUGAUACAGAGCCUCCCCACCGCAACAGCAGCCACAGAGUUGGAGGCUCCUCCAGCCCCUCUGGCCUCUCCAGCUCCACCACUCCUGGUAAGGCCAGUGGGAAGAAAGACCCUCCACCCAAUCAGAGGAGUCCUGACACUGGCGCUGGCACACCCCAUAAACGGGGACCAAGGACCCCCUCACCCAGUCCCACUCCUCCCCCUCUCUCUGCCUCCCGCACAGGGCUAGGCUCAGAGCCCCAGACCCCACCCAGCUCUCCCCAGGACAGACCUACUGUCAACAUCAACAGACCUACUGUCAACAACAACAGACCUACUGUCAACAAGCCAGGGCUGCAGCCUCAUCGACACAAACGGACGCAUAAGGAUAAAGAAAGUAGAGCGGAGAGAGGCGAGGUGGGAAAGAGGGAACCAACGAGGAAGAUGGAGAGGAAAAGGAGAAAGGAGAAAGAAGAGAAAAGGGGGGAUGGGGUAAAGAAUAAGUUGAGGGACAAGGGGGAGAGAAAAAAUAGGAAAGAGGAAGGGAGAAAGACGGAGAAAAGGGAGGAGAGUCUUAGGGCUAAGCAGCUGGAGAAAGCAGAGAUGGAAUGCUCAAAGUCCCCACGUGAAUCAUCCCUCCCUCCAUCUGUACGGCCUUCCUCCCCUAAGACUCAGUCUGGAUCUAGGGUUCCAGGGAAGCCAGGCCAACCCUCCCAGACACCAUCCACCGCUGGCAAACACAGACACAGGGAGAAGGGCCAAGGAAGAGGUGGAACGUCCCAUGACCACAGCUCUCCAAAUACCUCAGAGACAGUCCCACCUGCUGGCCCGCUUGCCGCCCAUCCUAGCCAACAUUCACCACAUCCAUCCAAACACAAAAAGUCAGGGAGGGGAGGGACCCUGUACAAGUCAAACUCAGCUCAACCCAAACCCCCUGUCAAGGGCUCACCACUGCCAGCCUGUCCCCCACCCACCACCACCAUUAACAACAACAUCAGCAGCACCAGCAAGGCCAGUAAGACCAGUCCUCAGCCCACAAGCCCUCCAAAACCUUCUAAAUGCAGCACAGGAGGGAAGGCUGAUUCUACCCCCUCCACGCUCUCAUCCAAAACCCCAGCAGCUCCCACUGUGGCUGGGUCAGGGGGGUUCAUCCCAAGCCAGCAGAACCAGACAGAGACAAUGGGUGUGUGUCCAGAAGGGGGGGUCCUGCGGGCCCCAGAUCUCCAGCCUGCUGCGGGGGUGGGCAGUGUGGAGGAGCUGGGAGACAACCCCCCCGCCAGCCCCCCUGUGCUCAGCUGGCAAGGCUCCCCAGCAUCAGCCCUGAGUGAGGAAGAAGAGGAGGAAGAGCAGGGAGGAGUGAUGAGGAGACCUGUCCUGCAGCCCAGCCCCACCCACAGCCCGUCCAUCUCACCCCCCCAUGGGAACUUAGAGGGGCUCAAUGAGAAGGCAGAGGGGGUCAGUGAGGGGAGGGGUGCUGAUGAGCUUCGCCAUAGCGACCUGGCCAAGCUCUAUGGCCUGCCUGAUACUCCCAAUGGAGUGGAAGAGGAGGAUGAGGAAGAGGAGGACAGUAGUGGGGACACGUCAUCCAGCUCUCUGCCUCCCCGUCGGCCACACCUCCACCAGACAGGAGUGGCUGAUGUCUUCAAGUCUUUGGCCUCGUUCUUGGGGGGCCAGAGGUACACAUAUCGGGGCGGUCCGUUUGGGCGUCCUCCUCCCAGCUCCAUGGGAGGAGUGAAGUACUCCUCCUCCCUCGCCAUGGAUCCGGAAACCAACUGUCAGGACCAGCAGUGUCCCUCCCCAACAUUCGACUCCACCACGCCCCCAAGACUCACUACCCAAUCACCCACUCACACUACCUCAGAUCCGCCUUCCAAACCCCGUCCUCCCUUAGACCUCAACCAACCACAACUCUCCGUGGGGGAGCGCACGAAACAGAAGCAUGCGAGAUUGGAGGAGAUUCAGAAUGAGAGAAAGAAGGAGAGGACUAAGGGUGUAGACAGCGGGGAGACAGCCGGGUCUCUGAGCGCUGAGCUGAGAUUGACCACCACACACCGGCUCCCUGCCACCACCAAGGAGGAGCGGGGCAAGAGGGAGGUACGCAGGCAGACAGGCAGGAAGAGGGUACAAAGCGGUGCAGAUGGAAACAGGGAAGAGGAUGGGAAGAGGAAGAGAAGGAAACAAGAUAACAGUCAUCAGAGGAGUGGAGGCAGUGAAAAGAAGAAGAUGGAAGAAAAGAGAGACAGAAAAUCAGCCUCCUCCAUUACGUUGUCCUCGUCUACACCACCCCCCAGUAGCCCGGUCAAACAGCUCAAAGACACUAAGAAGAGCCGUCCGAUUCAGGGGAACCUCAGCCUCCAGAGCAAAGACAUCCAGGGACAGAAAGACAAGGCGCACACAGGAAACACUGAGCAGGGGGCACAAUCGACAGUGAGGAAGGAGGAGAGGUGCAGUGAGCCUGAAACCAUGACGUCCACACCAGGCAGAAACACAGACACAGUGGCAACCGCAACUAGCACCGUCAACACCCCCUCUACUGCUACCCCCACCCCGGCCCCGCCUGCUGCCCCAGUGAGGCGGACCCCCUGUCCCCUGGCUGUUGCUGACUUCCUGAAGCUGAAGGCCCUGUCCAUGGGCCCUCCCAAGGAGCUGAAGAUCCGUCUGAUCAAGGUGGAGAGUGGAGACCGAGAGACGUUCAUCGCCUCCGAGGUCGAGGAGCGCAGGAUCCCCCUAGGAGAGGUCAGCAUCAGACACACAGCCAGCGAGGUCAUCAGGGCCUGCAAGGGGGCGAAGGUGAAGGGGAAGUUUCGGGAGUCCUAUCUGCUCCGGGCUUUCUCUGUCAAGCCUGUUCUCAUCACCGACCCACCCAUCCCACGAGAGAAGCUUAAUCCCCCCACACCAAGCAUCUAUUUGGAGAGUAAAAGAGAUGCCUUCUCCCCAGUCCUCCUCCAGUUCUGUACUGAUCCCAAGAACCCGGUCACUGUCAUCAGAGGCCUGGCUGGAUCCCUCAGACUCAACCUGGGUUUGUUCUCCACUAAGUCUCUGGUGGAGGCCAAUGCGGAGCAUGCUGUGGAAGUGAGGACCCAGGUGCAGCAGCCUGCUGAUGAGAACUGGGACGCCACUGGUUCAGGCCAGACCUGGCCUUGCGAGAGCAGCCGCUCACACACCACCAUCGCCAAGUACGCCCAGUACCAGGCCUCCAGCUUCCAGGAGAGCCUCCAGGAAGAGAAGGACAGUGAGGAUGAGGAUAAGGAAGAACAAGAAGAGAAGCAGGCUCCGUCCUCUGACCCAUCAACCACCGCUGCGUCUGGCGCCAGCAAAGCCAACCCUACUGUGGUUGCUAGCAAAGCCAACCCUACUGUGGUUGCUAGCAAAGCCAACCCUACUGUGGUUGCCAGCAAAGCCAACCCUACUGUGGUUGCUAGCAAAGCCAACCCUACUGUGGUUGCCAGCAAAGCCAACCCUACUGUGGUUGCUAGCAAAGCCAACCCUACUGUGGUUGCUAGCAAAGCCAACCCUACUGUGGUUGCUAGCAAAGUCGGCCCUACCCCUAUUGCUAACACACUCAGGCCAGAGGCAAAAUCGACUGGAAAGAUCAUCAAAUUCGGCACCAACAUCGACCUCUCUGAUCCUAAGAGGUGGAAGCCCCAGCUGCAGGAGCUGCUGAAGCUACCAGCCUUCAUGCGUGUGGAGUUCAAUGGAAACAUGCUGAGCCACGUGGGACACACCAUCCUGGGCAUGAACACCGUCCAGCUCUACAUGAAGGUCCCCGGCAGCCGCACGCCUGGCCACCAGGAGAAUAAUAACUUCUGUUCUGUGAACAUCAACAUCGGGCCGGGGGAUUGUGAGUGGUUUGCAGUCCAUGAGCACUACUGGGAGCACGUCAACAACUUCUGUGAGAAGCAUGGAGUAGACUACCUGACGGGGUCCUGGUGGCCUGUUCUGGAGGAUCUGUACCGCUCCAACAUCCCGGUGUACCGCUUCAUCCAGAGACCAGGGGACCUGGUGUGGAUCAACGCAGGGUCCAUCCACUGGGUGCAGGCUGUGGGCUGGUGCAACAACAUCGCCUGGAAUGUUGGACCUCUCAACUCAUACCAGUAUCAGCUGGCUCUGGAGCGCUUUGAGUGGAACGAGGUGAAGAAGGUCAAGUCCAUCGUUCCCAUGAUCCAUGUCUCCUGGAAUGUGGCCCGCACUAUUAAGAUCACAGACCAAGAAACCUACAAGAUGGUCAAACAUUGUCUCCUACAGUCCAUUAAGCACAUCCAGAUUCUGAGAGACCAGCUGGUUGCUGCAGGGAAGAAGAUCUCUUAUCAGAGCCGUGUGAAGGACGAACCAGCCUACUACUGCAACGAGUGUGACGUGGAGGUGUUUGACCUGCUGUUUGUGACCAGUGAGUCUGGCAAUAGGAAGACCUAUAUGGUGCACUGUGAGGACUGUGCCCGGACUGUGUCCAAGAGCCCCUCGCUGGCAGGAGUUGUGGUGCUGGAGCAGUACCGCAUGGAGGAGCUGAUGAGAACCUACGACAGCCUCUGUGUGACUCCAUCACCCUGCUCCAAGUGAGGCCUCCUUCUUGUUGUCCAACAGCCAUAACCAAAACUCCUACACAGUGGCAGCACAGACGUUGUCUUCAAGGAAUACUACUACUGCAAACACUUGGUGAACAGCCAACCAUGUUUACUCAGUAUUGUUUACAUCACAGUAAGAUAUCGUCCGUCAGCCAAUUGAAUUCCAGCUCACUGUCUUCCCCUCCUACCAGCUGCUGAUUGGACUUGAGUCUUGAGAUAGAAUGACUAGACUGGUACUACUACUCAUUAAAAACAUUUCAGACAACUACAGAAAAUGUGAACAUAGUUAGCACUGAAAAUCAGGUCUUAUUUAAAACGGACACUGCUGUGAUUCAAAAGCGUCAAGUAGCCGGUAUAUGGUGCAUUAAUUCAGGUACUUUUAUGCAAAUCCAAUGGAACUUUUUUACACCAAUCUAGUUAUUCUAUGUCCAUGAAUUUACUGUGUUGCGACGCUAACAGCAGGGGAAUCGCUUCACUAGCAAAGUAGCCAAUAGUCUCAAUGAAAUGGCAUUGUUUUGGUUUUGUUUUCUAUUCAGGUGAACUCUGACAUUUACAAUUCCUGUCUGUAUACUCUUUGGGGUGCUAUUUCCGUUUCAUUUAUUCUGACCUAGGUAUUUCAAAAGUUUAACCAGCCUAGAAGUACACCUCAUUGGCCUUGCGAACUGUAUUUAGAUGAAAGGAAGGAAAAAAAUGCAAACAUGCAGAUAACAUUUUCGAAAGCGUUAGGAAUAUUCAUUUAAGAAAUACGGGUUUACUAGAGGACUAAUCUGGUUUCACUCUUUGUUGGAAAUCGAGUCUGUUUUAUUGUGAUUUUUGUUUUUGCAUAAUAAUCCAAAAUAAUGUUUGGUAGAGAGAGAUGUGAUUGCUACAAUAUACCCUAAAGAAGAUCCCCUUCCUUUUUCUUUUGAUAAAUGGUAUCGUUCUCCCUGUUUUUAUACCUCUUUUUUUUGGUUGCUAUCUCCUUCUUUUCUGGAUUACAGAGAAAAUGAAGAAUUGUAAAUUGUUACUUUAUUUAUACAUGUAUAUGUUUUUUUUCUUAAAUGUAUUUAUUGCAUAUUGAUGGUGCUUCUCUGGGGACACCAGCUAUUUUUAAAGUUUCCUAUUGUGUGUGGACAGGGAAGGGCAAACAGGGGGAGGUUGGAUUUUCAUGGUGCUCAACCCCCUCUUGCCUCGCCAACCCCUCACUAACUGUGUAUAAAUGAUCUAUGAAUAUAAGUAAAUGAAUAUAACUGAAACCGAGAGGUUGGUGCUUAGAACCGCGUCAUUACGCUUACUGGUAAAUGAAUAGAAUGAUGUCUUUGUACUGUAUCUAACUGAUAAAAACAAUACCUUUUUCAACUUUUUUGCAUUAUAUGAAAUUCAUAAAAUUGUGACGCAUUUGUGAUUUUCUGAUGGACAUGAGCAGUAUUUGUAGUUUUAGCCACUUUUAAACGAGACUUUUAGGGAUGUGUAGCGAGGUGUGGGUUUGGGUUCCUUCAGUGUUCUGUCCUCAUGAGUAUCAUUUCAAGGUUGUAAUCUUGCUCUCCUCUGACUGUUUAUGUAAGCUGCACUGUUUUAAAAGAAGAAAAAAUGAACUCCUAUUGAAGGAGGCCUGAUCCAGACCUGUCUCAAACACUCUGUGAUGUUUCUGUGACAUUAUUGUGAGUAAUAUUAAUCAAAUAAAAUCAAAUGUUUUAAGAAA